AUUGUUUUGAUUGUAAAAGGGUCAAAAGUGAGAAAUGUUCAGUUCUUUCUGGAUGCUUUGAUUCAAUUUGUACGCGAAGCCGGCCAAUAUCGCCGGAAGAAAAAGGGGUUUGUAGCAAAUCGGAACGAUGGGAGAAGCCAAUACAUUUUCAAUCGAUGACGAUUUGCUUCUUAAAAGCUUCUACGCUGAAGUCAGCGAGGUUGAGCGCGAUAAUGAAGUCGUCAGGAUUCUUUCAUGCUUUAAGCUAAACGCAUUCGAGUAUCUUAAUCUACCAUUCGAUUCGUCUCCAGAAGAUGUGAAAAAGCAAUAUCGUAAGCUAUCAUUGUUGGUUCAUCCUGACAAAUGCAAGCAUCCCCAAGCAAAGGAAGCAUUUUCUGCCCUAGCAAAAGCUCAACAACUAUUACUUGAUCCACAAGAAAGAGAAUAUCUUGUAAACCAAAUUAACGCAGCAAGAGAAGAACUUCGAGCAAAGAGGAAAAAACAACUGAAGAAAGACACUGCAUCUAAGCUAAAGUCACUAGUCGAUGAGGGGAAAUAUGAGCAAGAAUAUGAAAAAUCAGAUGAAUUUCAGGCUCAGCUAAAGUUGAAAGUUCGGGAAAUACUAACCGACCAAGAAUGGCGAAGGAGGAAAAUGCAGAUGAGGAUUUCUGAGGAGGAAGGUAGAUUGAAGAAAGAUGAGGAAGAAUCGAAAGAGAUGUGGAAACGAAAGCGUGAACAUGAGGAGCAGUGGGAAGGAACAAGGGAAAAUAGGGUUUCUAGCUGGCGGGACUUUAUGAAAGGGGGAAAGAAGGUAAAGAAAGGUGAACUUCGACCGCCAAAACUGAAGACAGAAGACCCUAAUAAGUCAUAUGUUCAAAGGCCAGUGAAGCGAGGUUAGGUGGCCCUACAAUUGCCGAAUUUUACUUGAAUUGUGCAACUUCAUAGUUGAUUUAGUGGUUGAAUACUGUAACUUUCUAUUGUUAUCUUUAGCGCAGUAUAAAAGCAUUGUAUAUUUGCAUUUUACCUUUUUUGUAGUAAAAACUUUACACAGCUUAGAUCUUUUUUACCUUACGAGUAA